GUUGGCAGCCGACGCACCUGUUUGAAGCAGAAAGGCAUGGUGAGCACGCUCACGCCGACAAUGCUGUUCACCACGUUCAUGAUGAGACCCCAGUUGGAUGCCGUCAUUUUGGAACGACUCUUUUUUUCCCUCGGGUUUCGACUGAUGACGUUUUGUGAUUAUCCAAUUAACUCAGCGGUUUCCAUUGUUCAAGCAAACUACUGGAAUACAGGAGAUGACGGGGACUCACUUUCCACCCUGCCAAGCCAAAACUCCGCUCAAUGCGAGCGGAUCCCGAAGUUCAUAAAGGGGAUUAUUUGCAUCUGGGCGCCUGAGACCUUCGGUGCCUCCGGAUUUUACUUCGGAUUUGGGAUUUAUCGCUUUCUCGCGCGGAUGGAAAGCCGUGAUUUCGCUCCCCCGCACCACCUCCUGACGGAGCGGAGCGCGCUGGUUCACAGCGCCGCGUCUCGGAUGGCGUCAGGCGGCCACAGCUCCGUCCAGCACCCCGCUCACUUCCAGCCGGGGAAGUAUUACUCGUCCCAUCUCUCCAUGGCUCCGCACUCAGGUGCUUCCUUUAUGGGUUCCUUCCUGUCCAGCAGUUUGGGGUCGUCGGCCUCCCACCCGCCCCACCCCUCGGGACCCGUUUCCUCCCCAUCCUCUCCCUCUUACAGGACCGGACCCCAUUCGAACGCCUCCCCUAUCUGGUUCCCUCAUUCACAUGAAGGGUACCCCAGCUAUUCAGGAAGCCUUGCCUCCCCUUUUCUUCCCAUGAGUCCCCUGGAUCACCAUAACAACAGUCUGUACGGGCAGCACCGCUUCUACGAAACUCAAAAAGAUCACUUCUACCUGAGAGGCCUUCCGACCCAGCCCCCUCUGCUCUCCGCCAAUCACAGCCUUCCCCCGCUCGCCAGAACCGCUGCCGGCCACCCGCUCGGCACCUCCAGCCGAGAGACGGAGGGCGCGGGAGGAGGUGUCAAGAGCACCAGGGACACGGGCGAGAAAGUUGUCGCGUCUUUGUCGAAGGAGAAAGAGAGAUCGAGCAGUAAGGAGCGCCACCAGGAAAAUAAAGACAAGCACCAGCUUCAUCAUCCUCACCAGACCAGCCCCGUUGCCACUCCGUCAAGCUUCCACCAUAAAGCCUACCCGCAUCCUUCCCAUGCUCCCCUGCUUCACCUCACGCCCCAAAGCAGGGAAGAGGAUUCCAGAAACGCUUUGGAGCGUCACAAGGAGCACAGAGACAACAGUGACAGCCAGGGAGGGAAACAUACGAGUGCCUGUAAACUGUCCAGCGUUUCUAAUGCGGAGUCUGGCUCCGGUGAAAAAGGGGGCACAUUAAGCAGCUGUAGCGGGGGUGGAGCAGGGAGAACUCCUUCUGGAGGCAGUCGACGUUGCUAUAAAGAGCCCAUAAACGGGGAGAUGAGGAUCAGCGACUCUUCAACCGCCUCCUCGGAAUGUAGAAGAAGAGGCGCGGCCGCGGCCGCGGCCAUCUUGGCUCCUCCGCACUCUAUGGCUUCCUACUCCAUGCCUCCUCCUCCGCCUCCUCCGCCACCCCCUCCUCAUAGCUUGCACAUGGGCUCAGCAGUGGUAGGAAGCUGGCUUCACCCACAUCACCACCCGCAUCCAGAGUUUUACUGCCCCCCGGCACCCAUUACCAUUGUGCCCUCCAAAGAUCCGCUUACUGCAGGGUCCAGCAGGGAAGCAAAAGUCAUAGGUGCGACAUUUGUCCCCUCCGUGGGACCGUUGGGAGAUCUGGCAGCCCCCGAGUGCCGUGGAGCGGGAAGCGGCGGUAAAAAGGCAGAGGACAAGAGCGGAGAUGGAUCUCACGACAGUCCCUCUCAUCACCUCAGUCGCCUUAGCAGUUGCCAGAAGAAAGACAAAUCCCAAACACAUUUGCAGCAGCUGGGAUACGGCAAGGCCGACAAACUGGCCGAAUGGAGCCAACAACAACAGCACUUCCAAAAACACAAUCCCAACGCGAGCGCUCAGUCCGAACCGCAACCGUGCAGCCUGGAAACAACCUCAUCCCUCCGAGAUGUGGAGGUCGUGGAGGACGUUUACCGGCCUUCGCUUCCGCCGGAUGCCCAGGGGACGUACCUCGGAGCCGGACGCUGGUCCGUAUCCAAGACGGGCUCUCCACCUUUUAGGGACUGCUCUCUGUCGGGACCUCACUCGGACGGAGGGGCGGGCUCAGCAGUCCAGAGGGAGGGACAAAAGGUCGCCCGGAUACGACACCAGCAGCACAGCAGCCACGGCGCAGAAGAAAAGGGGCGAGAUGGCGGGCAGGUAACGACAUCGUGGGGUGCUCGAAAACCCCCCCAGGAGGACCAGAGAAAGGACUCCCGUCAUACAUCUGCUAGCACGAGUGACAUGAGGGGACUCGUGAACUCGGCGUCUAACAAAGACAGCAACCAGUCGACUUCUUUAUCCCAUCCCUCAUCACACAACACAGGAGGAGAGGGCAACGCCAUGAAGAACUUAAUGAACUACAGUUCCCAGCAGCCUUUGCUGCUGCCCCAGCGGAGCCCCUUUGGAGGCCUGGGCUGCCUCAAGCAGGGCGGAGAGAGAUCAGAGAAGGGGGAAAGAGGCGGAGGCAAGAACAGCUCCUUACAAGACCCACCCAAACAGUCGCUCCCUCCUCGCAGAGGCUCCUCUAACGAGGGAGAGAAGGGCGAGAAAGGCGGGAGGGAGGCUGGGGAGGCAGGAGAGGGGGAGGUGAGGCAGCCUCCGGUGGGCAUUGCAGUAGCGGUGGCCAGGCCCCCCCACCGUUCUCCAGACAACACCCCUGGACACAGCAGACAGGGCAGAGUGCUGCCCAGCAUGAAAGGAGUGUCCCGAGCCAUGUACCCACUUGGCCGCGAGGCAGAGGAGAGGAAGAGGAUGACGGAGGAUCAGAUCGGCCUUCAUCACCUGGAAAGGGACAGAGAACUGAUCAUGAGGGACAGCAAGGAUCGACUGGAGUUCGCCAGGAUCCACCCUUCAAGUAGCUGCCACGGCGACCUGACCUCUCACCUCUUGGUGCCCGGAGGCGCCGGGCAGUUGGGGGCGGACCCCGUCGCACACGCCCACCCGGCUCACCACCACUGGAUGCAGAGAACAGGAAGUCCCUCGCUCUGGAUGGGACAUUCGUAUGGUCUGAACCACGUGGGGAUGAGUGCCAGCUUCCCCCCAGGUCUGCCCAGCCCGCUGCAGCCCGUGCUGGGCUCGCUCACCCAAGACUCCAGCUCCCCGCUGAUGGUCCUCCCCACAGAGCCCGGGCCUCAUCAUCAUCACCUCGACGUUUUGGAGCAAUCCGGUCCGUGGUCGCCUGUCUACGGAGCCCGCGGGCCCCCUCCUCACCUCCAGCAUCACCCCAUCUACACUCGCUCUUCAUUCCUACGGCAACAAGAGCUGUACGCGCUGCAUCAGCAGCGGGCCAUGGAACAUUUGCAGCGCCAUUCCUUCGGACAGAGAAAACACGACGAGCAAGCCGCGACGUUCGAAGACGCUUCGGCAUCGCGGACCCCGCCGACGUCGUCCUCUUCUGCCACGUCCUCGCACGUGGCCAAACCCUUCUCGCACACGCCUCCCCCGCCGAAGACGUCGGCCCCGUCGCCGGGGCUGUGUCCCAGCAGUCGUCAGUCGCCCCGCUACCCUUCCCCCUCCCGGCGGACGCACCCGCCCAAUCCCCUGACCCCCGCCCCGAGCCCGGCAGCGGCGGCCCCUCGCUCGCCGGCGCUCAGCCCCGCGCCGUCGCUUCUACCCAAAGGCCUGGAGAGGACCAGCGAUAGGGGGGAGGGGCAGCCACCUCAGGACUACCCACAAUCCUUAGAGCCCGACUUGCCGCCCGUUUACGCCUUCCCCCCGCUCUCGAUGGGUUUCAAGGCCGGGCCCUCGCUGUCCGAAGCCCGCCUGGCCGAGCGAGCCUCGCUUGAAUCGGAGCCGGCGGAGCCAGACUCGAAGUCUCUCCGGCCGCUUCCUCACGUCCCACCUCUCACUAAAGAUGAGACCAGGACGGAAGAAGAAGAGGAGGAAGACGGGAGGGACUGUAAAGUGGCGGAAUCCCACUGUGGACCCCCAGAAGAAAAGGAGGAGGAAAGCCGAGGGGAUGGAUGCACUGCUCCGGCGCACGAACGGACCGCUUCCGGGCCGCCGCCUUGCCCUUCCCCGUCUUCUGUCCCGGGUCCAGACGACCCUGCAAGCGGAGCCUUACGCCAAGCGGAGGUACCCGAAGACGACGAGGUCGAGGAGGAACGCGCAAAAGGGGGACUGGGAGGAGGAAAAAUGGAGCGUGAGCCAACAGACUGCGCCACGCUUGGAGAAUCUCCAGAAGAAGCGAGAGAGGAGGAGGAGGAGGAGACGAACCAACUUGAGGAAUCGGUCGUCGACGGCGAAGAAGACAAGCAGAUUGAAGAGAGUCUAGAACAGCGGGAAGUGCCCCACUCUCCUCCUCCUCCUCCCCCCUCGGACGGGUGCCCCCCUCCCUCCAUGAGCGCGGCGGCCCAGCAGCAAGGCGCCUACAUGUGGAGCCUGGAGCUCCUCAUCGCCGCCGCCCUGUGCGCCACCCGCGAUGCCCUGCGCCCGCCGGCCCCCGCGGCCCGGCCGCCCGGCCCCCUCCUCCACCGCGGCAUGGAAAUCCUGGGAGAACUGGCUGAGCUGGAGAUCCGGAAGAGGAGUCUGGAGGGCAAAGAGGGCAGAGAUGAAGGUGAGCGCAUGCUGACCUUCGACCUGCACAGUCUGGCGACGCUGGCGGCCGCCCGGGCCUUGGAGACGGGGGGAGGGGCUCCCGACGAUGGCGCCGAGCAGCAAUGCCAAAUUCGGGAAAGGCUGAAUCUGCGCAGGAAGUGCAGCUGGACGCCUCGCCAUGAGCCGGUGUGCCCGGUGAAAGGCUCCAUGGAGACGAUGGGAGGGGAGGAGCUGGCCAUGCGUGUCCAGCUGGCUGAGCUGCAGCGCCGCUACAAAGAGAAACAGAGAGAAUUGGCCAAGCUUCAGAGGAAACACGACCACCAGAAGGAGGAGACGUCUCGCAGCCCGGCCCGCAGGGGGCCAGGCCGGCCCCGCAAGCGCAAGUCCGCCCCGGGGGUGCAGGCUCCAGACUCCUCCAAAAGACUCCGGGCCGGCGUUAAUUUACAGGAUGAAGAGCGAGUCCGAAAGAAGCAUGACUUCAGCGGCCUCAGCGCCACGCAGUUAAAAGCGGGCUGUAAACACAGAGGUCGACCCAGCGCUCUGAGUUCCGGGUCGGCGAAGCGGCUGAGCCAGCUGAAGCAGAAGGACGCGGCCCAGCGCGUCGCGCCGUCAGCGGGCGCGCUGCACUGCAGAGCGGCCGCCGGGCCCGAAGAAGGACCCAAGAGUCACUGUGGACACGCGGGAGUCGACCCACAACAGGAAUGGGGGGCCAGUCAGACCGUUAAGAGAAAGAGGGGUCGGAAACCGAAGGCGUUGACGAGCUGCGACCCAAACAGAGCUCCCAGUUCGAGCCGUGCCUCUGAGAAGCGGGAAGUCAGCGAGAGUUCAGGACGUGAGGACGAGGAGGACUGCAGCUGCAACAGCGACGAGGCAGCCAAUGACAUCAGGAUUAGCAAAGAAGCCCCUCCGAACUCCACCGACUCGCUUUCUGCGCAGUCCUCCAGGCUGCAGGCGAACCAGAAAAACAGUGCUAAGAAACCGGGAGUUCCAGGAAACGCGGCCUUCGGGGACCGGAGAAAGGCCCACAGGAAGCAGUGCCUGGCCAACUGGAGAAGUGAACAUCCAGGUCACCGCGGGUCUCGACGGGCUUGCCUUCCCAGCUGGGCGGGCUGCGCUUUUGGGGACGGGCGAGGGAACCACGGCGCUCCCACGGAAGAGGGCAGGAAUUGCAAGGAUGCAACCAGGAGGGACUCGGCGGCGCUGCUGGGAAAGGCCCAGGGCCACGCGAUCAGCCGACUCCUGCAGAGCUUCACGGCAGACGACGGCUUCCGCCUGGAUGAGGAGAGCAGCUUCUCCGAGGGAGAGGAGGAGGAUGAAGAAGAGGGGGGCAACCAGACGCCGGUGCACCUUCCUCCCAAAAUGCCUUGCAAAAUACCCGUCCUGCCCAACUGUGUGCUCAGCAAAGAGAUGCUCGUCGACGGCCUGAAGAUUUUGAUCUCCAAGGAGGACGAGUUACUCUACGCCGCCCUUGUCCAAACUCUGGACCUACCUGACAUAUUUAGUGUUGUCGUCGAAGGGGAGCGCGGGAAUCGUCCCCGGAUCUAUUCGCUGGAGCAAAUCCUACAGGAAGCUGUUCUGGACGUGCGGCCCCAGACUGAGGCCAUCCUGACGGCGGGGACGCGGGUUUGUGCCUACUGGAGCGAGCGCUCACGUUGCCUUUACCCCGGUUACGUCCACCGAGGGGGCGCAAGCGAGGAGAAGGACGGAAGCGUGAUGGUGGAGUUUGAUGACGGGGACAGAGGAAGGAUCACACUGGCAAACAUCCGCCUGCUGCCACCUGGAUACCAAAUCUGCUGUGCGGAGCCAUCACCAGCGCUUCUGAUCACGCCGGGCCGGCAAUGUCGACGUAGCUCCGCACAAGAGAAGAAAGACGCGACCGCAGAGAAAUCAGCCAAUGAGGAACAAGCAAGGAAACCUCCAGAGAAGAGACCAGUUGGCAGGCCCAAGAAAAUCCACUCAGUGCCGAAGACUGCCGGCGUAGCAACAUCGGAGUCGGGCCCUCGGACCAAAGGCGGCGCUGCCGUGGUCGGCUGGUCCGCACCCAGGAAGAGACCGCCCGUCGACUUCUUCCUCUUCAACGGGACUUCCCGUAAGACCCAGAAGAGAUUUCGAGAGCGUGACGUGGGGUCCUUUCACCGCCCGGCCUCCCACCCCCUCACACCCACAGCCCCCCUAAAAGGCUUCUUCGGGUCUCCUUUUGCGGUCGACUCUUUUAGUAGCAUUGCCAACGGCUACUCCGCCUUUGGAAGCGGCGGGGGGUCCGGAUCAGCGCGACACGCAAACACCGGAGCUUCCUCUGGUCCUCGAGACCCCUCCGCUUGCUCUUCAGUUGUCACCACGUCUAUGGCAGUGGGAAGUAAGAAACCUGUUAGCGAGCGAGAUAGAAAACACUUCCUGGUGAAGCUCGAUCAUGAAGGGGUGACCUCGCCGAAGACGAAGAACGGCAAAGCCCUCCUUCGACUCGGAAAUGGGAGCAGAGGAGGCAGAACCUUGUCCUCUGCGGGUGCUCCGCUGCGGUACAUUCACCCCGCCAUGUUGGUGAAGGAGGGAAAGAAGGGAGGAAGGGAUGGAGAGAAUUCUGCAACUCGUCCAGACUCUCUUUUGAAAGGCGAAGCCACUCUGCAAAAGGAUCUACUGGCAGCCAGCCACGGGAGUCAAACUGGAGACUACGGUUUGGACUACCACAGCGACUGGCCGAGUUCUGACUCUGAACUGGAUGAGGAUGAUGAAGAUGGCGGUCAAGACGCGAGGGCGCGAAGAAGAGGCACGACGCCCACGUCUCAUCGUAGCGGACGCUUUCUCUCCCGUCUCUCGGUCUGUUUCUCUUCCUCCUCUUCGUCCUCUUCUUCCUCCAGCUCCAUAUCCUCCUCAUCCCUUUGUUCCUCGGACAACGAUUCCUCCUACUCGUCCGAUGAAGAGUCCUCAUCUGUUCUCCUGCGCCGUGCUUUGCUCCAGCAGGACAAACACAAACACAGACAGAACCAGAGCUCCGAGUCCACCAACUCCAACCCGUCCACCGCAGUCCCAGGUAAUCCCUACGCGGCCAAGGCAGGCAUGGCCCACUCUUCGUCAAAGGGGAGGACAGAGGAUAGGACAGAGUACAUGUCCAAAGGGAGUGUGGUGACCAACAGUAGUUCUGCCAAGACCCAACUGAAGAGGAAGGAAAGCAUUCCCAAUUGCCACCAUCCAGGUCAGAGUGGCCCUAAACCUUCCUCCAAGGACCUGACAGCGGCGAAAAGGCAGAGGAUGUCCUCACCUGAGUCUCAAUCCAACAUAGCUCCACUGCUGCCUGGACGCCAGCUCUGGAAAUGGUCCGGUAACCCAACACAGCGGAGAGGUCUGAAGGGGAAAGCCCGCAAGCUAUUCUACAAGGCCAUCGUGCGCGGCAAGGAGACCGUGCGAGUCGGCGACUGCGCCGUGUUCCUGUCGCCCGGCCGACCCCAGUUGCCUUACGUCGGCAGAGUGGAGAGCCUGUGGGAGUCGUGGAGCUCCAGCAUGGUGGUCAGGGUCAAGUGGUUCUACCACCCGGAGGAGACUCGCUUGGGGAAGCGACACUGCGACGGCAAGAACGCCUUGUACCAGUCGAGUCACGAGGACGAGAACGACGUGCAGACCAUCUCCCACCGCUGCCAGGUGGUCAGCAGGGCCGAGUACGAUCACACGAUCCGCGAGCACAAGUCCGGCGCCACGGCCAACGAUCUCUUCUACCUGGCCGGCACGUACGAGCCCACCACCGGGCAACUGAUCGGCGCUGACGGCUUGGCCAUCGUGUCCUAGCAUCCGCAGCUAGACUGACCAAAGCUAUCGAGCCGAGCGGUUCGAUGACAGUCCGUCAUAUCUGACGGAAGGGGCAAUGGGAUAUAUCCCAGCGGGAUCAAUCCUGGCAGUACCGGGCACUUAAAGGAGUCUGGUUAGUUCUUGGAAAUCCACGUCAGAGACUUCUUCCUGUAAACUCGAGCAUCGGGAGCAUUCCGCACAGCCCCCCUCCCACGACUCGCUGAAUUUCUCAAAAAGAACAGGAACCGCGGUCGUGAGCACUUUGGAGUUCGGUACCUCGGAUACCCCGCGGCCGGCUCCGCAUUCCGAGACAAAGACGGACCCGGGGAACGCGAGAGGGAGGAAAUUUCACUGUAAGCCGCACUGGUUUGGAAGGUCGGAGAGGUCUUACACUGCUUUUUCUGGUUGUGGACUGGAGAUUCCCAACAGGACCAAAAAGGAAAAAAAAUGAAAACUCUGGUAUCACUUUGGACCGUGCACAAGACCUCGUUGGUCGCAAGCCAAGAUGAUGCCACAUCUUUUCUUCCUGUCAAGCCAUACACAUCGAUACCUCUCUCGCAUUCUUCUAUGUAGGUGCGAAGACAUGUACAGGUCGUCGGAUUGCCUUUUUUGUUCAAAGCGAGUGAUGAUUGGCUUUAAUUAUGUGUAUGAUAAUGUAAAUACCAUACAUCGAUAUUUGUCUGUUUUUUUUUAAAAAAGGUUGUGAGGAUGGGGAGGAGCUUGAAUUGAGUUUCUUUGAAUGCACUGAACACGAUCACGGAUGAGGUCGAAACGCGGUAGGAAGCCCUGCUUCCCGGGGAAA